AGGCUCUCCGGCUGUCAGAAUGCAACUUUCGGUAAUGAAGGUCCUCUGCACCGUUCUGCUGCUUCUAGUGAUGGUUCCCUCUGUUUGCUCACAGUCAGAUUGCUCUCAAGCGGAGUCCUGUGACCUGUGCGUUGGAGACUCCAUGCUUAACCUGACAGGCUGCGUCUGGAGGCUUUGCCCAAAUGGGAAUGACACGGGCAUGUGUGUGAGUGAUGGGGGCGAUUCUUCAGACGGUGGAAUGAACUGUAGCUGGACCAGAGUCUCUGAGUUGUGCACAGUUGUCGAGGCUGUUGCUGUGGGUGAAGGUGACUCAGGUGAUGCAGCUGACACCGACUCAUCUCCUGAGUUCUCCCAGGCCAAGUUCAACAUGUCCAGCUUUGUGGGCGGCAUCAUACUUGUGCUGUGUCUGCAGGCCGGCGGCCUCCUCGCCAUGCGUCUCCUCAAAUCCAAGGAGCAGAGCAACUAUGAUCCAAUAGAGCAGCCGCAGUGAGGACAAACUGUCUGAAGGACAACCAGACAAAGAUGGAGGACAGAAGCAGCAGCAGAGGGGUGACUCAUCUAGCUACUGGAACGAGAUGUUUUCUUUUUCAACUCUUUGCCCCCAUGUUUACCCCUGUGUGAUGGGUGUGAUCAUAAGAGGACAUUUUCUCAGAAUUGUACAUGUGUUUACACUGGCAGUUUUUGCAGUUAGUUUCCAUAAAGCUGAACAAACACUUUCAUUCUUACAACAGCAGUUUGUCCCAGUACAUAUACUGUAUCUGACAUGCAUCAGCUGAGUUUCCCUCUCUCUCUCUUUUUAUGGAUACACAACAUCUGAGUGGUUCCUUCAGCUGAAUACAGGAUAUUUCACUUGGUGAACUUCAAUAGAUUAAACUGUCUUUUUAUUUUUAUUUCACCCAUUGCAGCCCGAAGAGCUUUAAAAUGUUUCUGAAACGCUGAGAAAUUUCCUCUUUUUAUACAUUUUUGGGUGGAGCACUCAAAUCCCACACAGAGAGGCUUUGGUGGACUCUUCUUUCUGUGUUGUCACAGCAGCACUAGCCCACCUAUCACCAUGCUGCCCUAAUAGAUCCGUCUUCUUUAAAAGGGACUGCUCCUUAUAGCUGACAUACCGUAGACUGAUAUCACCUGAUGCUAAUAUCACCUUUUAUUUAAAUGCUUCACCUAAUGGUUCAUAUUCCCCCUCACAAAUGUGAUAUACUGGGUUAUUUUCCCCAGAAACAAAUGACAAAGUAUCAACUUGAUCUGAUUAGUUUGCUACGAUUUACUUUAUUCUCAUCCAUCCAUCCAUCCAUCCAUCCAUCCAUCCAUCCAUCCAUCCAUCCAUCCAUCCAUCCAUCCAUCCAUCCAUCCAUCC